AAAAUGCGGCGUAUUUUGCGCCUAGGUUUUUGUAUUCUUCUUUGUACUUGCACCACCUCUGGUAAUAGUAAUACCAAUGCAGAAACUGCUGAGCCGAGACUCAUAGAUAAUCCUGAAUUCAACAGCAGAUCUGACAUGAAUCUGGGACCUGCAUAUAUAUGGAGCAAUAGUUCGGAAGCAAAUUCCUCCCUUGCUAGCAGUAACUCAGAUAUUGCUGAUGCUCCAGCAGCAAUUAACAGUUCUAACAUUGCUUUAGACAAAUCAGAUACAAACACCUCCACUAACAAUAAUGAUCUUGCUCCAAACAGGAGAUCUUAUGUCUCUCAAAAUCAACCAGAUGCGUCUGCAAAUUACACAAGUGAAAAUGGAACAGAUGAAGCUGCAAACAUUAACUCUGAAAUCCAGCCAGAUCAAACAGUAAAUACAAACAGUUCGAACCCCUAUGCAAAUCAACUUUCGGAUAGUGAAAACGUUGGUACUAAUGCAUAUGAUAAAAACAGCACCGAAGUUAAUUCAGAUGCCGAUGAUAUUGAUAGAAAUGAUCAUGUGGACAGUUCUGAGAUGAGUACAGACACUAUUGUCACACCUGAACAAAUGCCCAAGCCUGUGCUAGCCAAAACAAGUUUUACUUUAGAGGAUGUUAUCCGCCAAGAAAAUGAAGAGGAGAAAGAACUUGCUCGAAAAGUAUUUGAAGAUAUUGUAGAAAAAGGCGAAACUAGUGUUCCCUCGGAUAAGUUCUAUCAAGCUCUGAUGGAAGUUGCUUUAAAAGAACAGCAGAAAAGUUUCAAUAUAAAGGAUAAACUAAUGGAUUUAUUUGCGGAAGAAGAAAGUGGCACAAAAACAGCUACUCUAGAAACAGGCACAACUGGUGAAGAAACUGACACAACUACUGUAGAACCUGGCACAAGUGUUGUAGAAACUGGCACAACCGCUAGAGAAUAUGGCACAACUGGUGUAGAAACUGGCACAACUGCUGGAGAAUAUGGUACAAGUGCUGUAGAACCUAGCACAAGUGCGGUUGAACCUAAUACAAGUGUUGGAGAAACUGGCACAACCGCUGGAGAAUAUGGCACAAGUGCUGUAGAACCUAGCACAAGUGUAGUAGAGACUGGCACAACUGCUGGAGAAUAUGACACAACCGCUGGAGAGUCUGGCACAACAGCUGUAGUAUAUGGCACAGCCACUGUAGAACCUGGCCCAAUUGCUGCAACUUAUGGCGUUACCACUGGAGAAAAUGGCAUAACUGGGGGAGAUUAUGGCAUUAUUGCGACAAUAUCUGGCACAAUGACUGAACAAACGGACAAAAACAAUGAAAAUGAAAUCAAUGAGGAGCAUGCCAGGGUAACCCACCCUAUGCCAGACCCUAAUACAGUAGCAGAGUGGGAAACUAUCCAGGAUGAAAACAUUUACAAUAUUCAGGCCGGAAAAGAGAGUACCAGAGGUAACGAUGGAUUGUAGAAAAGGUUGAGUUAAUGAAAUUCGUACUGGAAGAAAUAUUGUUAUAUUUUAAAACAAUUAUGAAGUUUUAUUUACGCAAAUAAAUGAUCAUUACAUAAAUA